AUGACAUCACAAUACAAACAGGAGAAACUCGACCAUACGCCAUGGGUCGAAAAGUACCGUCCAAAAAACCUAGACGAUGUCGCCUCGCAAGACCACGCGGUCAAGGUAUUGAAGAAGACUUUGCAACUGGCGAACUUGCCGCAUAUGCUUUUCUACGGGCCUCCAGGCACUGGUAAAACUUCAACGGUAUUGGCAUUGGCCAAGCAGUUGUAUGGCCCUCGGCUCUAUAAGCUGCGUGUUUUGGAGCUCAAUGCGUCUGACGAGCGAGGAAUCUCGAUCGUAAGGCUGAAAAUCAAGAACUUCGCCAGGCUCUCUGUGUCCAACCCCACGACAGAAGACUUGGCAAACUACCCGUGUCCACCGUAUAAGAUUAUUGUUCUAGAUGAGGCGGACUCGAUGACCAACGACGCCCAGGCUGCGUUGAGAAGAACCAUGGAAAAUUAUUCGGGGGUGACGCGUUUCUGCUUGAUCUGUAACUAUAUUACUCGGAUAAUUGACCCCUUGGCGCUGAGGUGCCUGAAGUUUAGAAUUCGGCUGCUCGACAGUGUCAAUGCAUUGGCAAGAUUGAGCCAUGUAGCAGACUUAGAACACGUGCGCGUGGCGCUGGCCGAAGUCUACGACGAGCUCAUUUCCGUAUCCAAUGGUGAUUUACGUAAAGCUAUUACAUACUUGCAGUCGGCCGCGCGUCUAGACUCGUCAUUGCAGUCGGAAAAUUUUGGCCUGUCUAACGGAAUCACGGUUGAUUCAGUGAGGGAGAUUGCGGGCGUGGUGGAUCAAAGCCUCAUGUCCUCUUUGGUGACGGUGAUCAAACUGAAAGAUACUGCCAAACUUGCUUCAGCGGUCCACCAGGUUGUGCUCCUGGGCUGGAGCGCCCAGCAGGUGUCUGACCAGUUGCACGACAUUUUGAUUUUGGACGAUACCUUGUCUUCUGCACAGAAGAAUGAGGUGGCAACUGCCUUGUUCGACACCGAUAGGCGCUUAAAUAACGGGACGGACGAGCACAUACAAUUGUUGAACUUGAUGUUGCUGAUAUCCAAGGCUAUGUGA